GUCCUCUGUUUUAAAUUUCGUAUCGUCAUCAAAACAUGUGGUCGUUGCUUUCCCCUUGCUUUGUCUCGCAGUUUUGGUGACCAUCCUCUGGCUCCGUUCAAACACGGUCCUUAUCAUCUCAACGGUCUCUCCUUGUCCGAUCGCUACCUCGGAGCAUCGGUGGAUCCAGAGGAAUCUGUAGGACUACCGUGACUCGAUCCUCGGGAUCUUCGAGGAGUUGAGCGAACGCUGAUACAAGGCUCAGCAAACCCGAUCUCUACCUUCGCGUCUCAAUCGAGGCGGAAACCGGGCCUCGUUUCGGACUGAGGAGACGCUCAGUUUUACCGAAACAGUGAUUCUUAAUGAUGUUGUCGGAUAGACGUCAAAAAGAAGAUCUCCGAUUGGUGGAGCCAUUUUGCAGAAGCUCGUGAUUGGGUAUAGAGUUCCGCAACGUGCUACGUAUGGCUCAUGUAAGGUGUGGCGUAUAACCGCAUUAACCGCCCAUUCCGAGAUCGACUGUGGCAGCAUUGAGCAGCAGUCAGUUACGCUCGACGAAUUGUGAUUUUGGCGGCGAAGAUACCACGUACAUUUUACCCGUACCUGCAACAGGAAAGAUACUUAAAUAUGAAACCUUAUAUUAAAUUAUCCACCUCGCGGAAAUCGUUGCAUAAAUUGUCCGUGAGACAACGAAGAAGGGUUAUGACUCAAGCAAGAACAAAGAACUUGCGUUUGCAAAUUUCUCGUGCAUGUAACUUUGCUCAUAUACAAUCGAAUAAUUCUACAUUGCAAGAUAUUCCUGCUUCAUCCAUUGUAGGAUCUUCCUCGCAUCGGUUGCACGAUAGUUUUUCGAGUAAUAUUAAUAUCUUAGACGAUAAUAUUGACGAUAUUAGACGUUGUGUUAACGUAGAAGAUGAUACGGCAUCUUUGUCUUCCACGUCUUCACACGGUUCUCAUGAAUCAUCUUCACUUUCAACUACUUCGUCAGAACCAUCUUUUUCCGAACACUUAGCGUCUUGUUUUGUUGACAAUAAUUUGACGCAUUCCCAAGGUAACAGUGUAUUGUCGGUUCUGAAAACACUUACCUGCUUCUCUAAUUUGCCCAAGGAUGUUAGGACUCUUCUAAAUACACCACGACAUCGUGUCGUGGUAUGUAAAGUCGAACCAGGAGAAUACAUUCACUUCAACCUGGAAACUGGAAUUGUCGAAAGUGUUAGAACUUGAUUUUAACACAGAUGGAUGUACGUUGGAUAAAUCAGCUUGUAUUCAAAUCUGGCCAAUUCAAUGCAGAGUGUCAAAUUUGCAAAAUAUAAAACCAAUAGUUGUAGGAAUUUAUAAAGGUACACAAAAGCAAUAUGAUCCCAAUAUUUUUUUCGAAAAAUUUGUUGUUGAUGUUAGAGCAAUUAUGUCCAAUGGAGGUAUACAUUUUCGUAGCAAUAAUAAAAUUCCAAUAAAAUUAAGAUGUUUUAUAGCUGAUGCACCAGCUCGAGCUUUUAUUUUAAAUCAACGUGGUCAUAUGUCUAGUCACCCCUGUUCCAAGUGCAAAGUUUCAGGUACACUAAGCGAAGGCCGCAAUGUCUUUAAUGGUGUAAAUCAUCCUCUUCGUACUGAUAAAGACUAUGUAUCAUGUAUAGACGAGGAUCAUCACAAAGAAGGUACAAGUCCACUAUCGGUACUGCCAAUGGGAAUGGUUUCGCAAGUCCCUUUCGAAUAUAUGCACCUUAUAUGUUUAGGUGUAAUGAAAAAAUUGUUAACUGCGUGGGUACACGGAAAAUACUCAAGGAAAGCAAAGCUUUCGGGAAGAUCUAUUUCUAUAAUAUGUAAUCGGUUAAUAACUUUUAAAAAAUAUUGUCCU